UCGGAGUCAAGAGGACACUCAGUGUGUUUGCCUUCACGCCAUGUUCAUCCAUUUUCCAAGUCCGACUUGGCAACUUCCUCAUCUUGAAGACACAAAUUUAUCCAAUGUUUUCCGUCGACUACUCUCACCUUUUUCUGUAGCCCACCACAUAUAUAGAGAUCAUGCGGCGAAGCAUGCAGGCACAGAGUGGCAAGCCGAAGCCACCGAAGAACGCUGCGGACCCUGUCAGAGCCCAAGCAGCCAAAGCCGCACCGAAAGCUGCCGCUGGGCGCCCCGUACGGCGCACCGUGCCUGAGCCGCCGGAUGAGCCGCCGGAGAAGAAGGGUGCCAAGCGCCAAGCGACGCCCGAGGGGAUGAAGAUACGAGCUGCAGCCAAGACCCGCCCCGAGCUGCGCAGAGGGCGCGAGGUCGAAGCGGACAUGGAGGUCGAAGCGGAGCCGUUGGAUCCGGAGGCCCUGGCGCAGGGCUACGCGGCGCUGGCUGCGGCCUAUGCACAGGCGGCCGCUGAGGAGGAUCGGACGCAGGUGGAGGUGCCGGUGUUGGCGGCGGCCGCGGCGGCUGCUUUGAAGAGGGAAUCCUUGCCUGCCGUGGCCCCUCCGCCGCCACCGCCACCGCCACCGCCUGUGCCGCCAUGGCGCACGGAGCCGCAGAUCUUGCCGCCACCGCUCAAACGGCCGCGCGUGGAAACGCCGAGCCAGGUUCCUGUGGGCGUUGCCAUUCAGGCGGCGGGGAACUUCCUCAGUCAGAUGCGCCAGCUGAAGCCCAAGGUUUGCGCUGCCCCCCCCUGGCUCUGAACCCCCACGAGUGACGCCUUACGUGGACAUUCCAGUGGGAGGAACGCAAUCACUUUCAGAGGACCUGGCGUCGAAUGACAUCGUUUCUUGGUCUCGAGCAUGGCGGCUGGAACACUACCAGGCCACCCUGCUCCGCAAUUACGAUGACGUGGACCAGAUCUGUAGUCUUCACAAAGACGACCUGAACGGCUUCUUCCAGGACAACCAAGUCUCCGACGAGGCCGACCGGCUCGCCUUCACGCACGCGAUCCAGGGGAGGCAAGCCUUUGUCACUUGAGGGGAGUGGAUCAGCGCGUGAA